CAUUAUCAAUAGUGAAAGUAGAACAUGUUCACUGUUGGAGAAUGUUAAAUUUGCCAAAUAAUAAGGGUAAAUUUUUGGGACAGGGGCUUCAGCCAAAAAGUGAAAUAAUUGCCUAGCAGAAAAAGAAAAAGAAAUUAAAUGUUGAAGAACAAAAAAUAAAAACAAGCUAUACCAACACUAGCUACACAGCAUGAUGGAAGGGUGAUUAUAAUUUUUUUAUUUUGUUGGGUACUGUUUACACCAUCCUUAUAGCACAUUUCACUAGAAAAAUAUAGCUAUCUGGCUACCUAGCUGCCAAAUUUAAAUUUAAAUUUUAAGCCUGGGUAGCUUUUUAACUUAAAAGUUAAUAAGUAGGAGUCAGGAGCUAUUAGGUAGCUAAUGAGUGGAAAAUCUGAGCAAAAUCCAGCUAUUUGAUUACCUGAUUUUGUUGAUAAACGAUUUUGAUAUGUAGUGAAGGGGAGGUAAACUACUGUUUUUAAGCCAUUUUAUUUGACUUGUGGUUGGGGACACGGCACACCACAGAGAUUAGUAGGUCAAUUUAAAGUGAAAUUUGUCUGAAAUUACAUGAUUAUAUGGCAGCUAAUUAAGAUAAAAGAAUUACUAUAUUGUGUAUGUUUAGAAAUCAUACUACAUGGAUAAACAUUGAUUACGAUAUAUAGUAUGUACAUGCAAAACUUAAUUACGUGUGAGCAUAAGCUAGAUGUCUAGCUAGCUAGCUGUCCUUAAAAAUGCUGAAAAAAAUACAAAACCAAAUAAUAAUACCAAAACAUAAGUAGCUAUACAUGCUUAGCAUUUUUAGAUAUGACAGAAACUGGUAUAUACAUUUACAAGUUUUUUUCUCAAUUUAAUUCAAUAUGUGAAAUUAAGUCAAAGUUAAAUUCCACACUAGUGAAAAGUGUGAUGGCAUGAUGUUUCACUUUUGAUUCAAUGUUACAUUGGAGAAGGUUGGCAUAACCCCUAGAGGGGUGAAUCUUUUGUGUUUGUAAUUUCUAGGUAAGUGGGCUGUCCAAAGAUCCUUCUUAACUUCGGGCGAAAUGUAUAUCUUACAGUUUAACCUCCAUGAAGGACACAAUGCUAAAAGUAUUUAAACAUCCACUUGACAUGAUUUAGAGACCAUUUGGUAUGUUGCCUACAAAACACGAAAAUUCAACAAAGGCCGUUGGAUUGCAGAACAGUAACAUCACCAUGGAAGCGUCAUCAAAGAAGUCGACAGAAAUUCAGAGUCACCUUGACAAACAUGCUGGCAAAAACAAACCAUCAAUAAGGACACCCAAUAACUACCUAAUACGAAAAACUGAAGGCCUGUUUGCAAUUUGGGAGUUAAGUAAUGCAAUAUAAUACUUUUAGUUGAAACUUCACGAGGAAAGUCAAGAAUAUGCGACCUGGAACACCUUUGGAGGAUUAUUAGCAACCUACUAGAUUGGUAAUCUAGUGUCUCUAUUGUGUAAACCUUAAAACACCAAUAGAAAAUAGAUCAUGCACUUUUGACAAAGGAUUGAAGAAAUAUUGGGGUUUAAAGGUUUUUUGAUGAUGUUGAUGGUGAGUUGACACAUCUCUGAGAAAGUUAAUCAAUUUUGAUCCCAGGUGGCCCCUAGUUACCUAAUAAGAGAUGACGCAGGCUAUUUCCAACAUAUUGGGCAUCAAACACGCAGGUGCAAUGUAAUGGCUUCACCAGCUAUAAAUAUCUUCCUAUAAUUACAUAUAUAAGAUUAAAGGUGCUUAAAAUUCAUGCAGGUUUACAAAAUCAUUCAGCCAUCACUCACUUCUUUGAAAUUUCAACCUUCUUUUUCAGUGAAGUGUUCCGCAUUUAUAUAAUUACUUAUUUUCUUUUUACAAAUGUCAGGCAUGUGGAAGUUGGCAUAUAAUUUUAUUCCUAAAUAGUGCCGACAUGCCUAUUGUGAUAUUUCUAAAAAACUGAAAUUUUGCAAGAAAGUUAUCUUAUUGAUCUAUAUAAAUACAUUAUUUGUUGUUCCACAGUGUUAAAUAUAGCCAGAUAUAAAAAAGAAUACAAUGGUUGAUAAAGAAAGAUGAGAUGUUAUGAUAUCCUACCAUCAAGUGUCUGGAAUGAAGUAUAUGAAAAAGAUAAAAACAGCAUUAUUACAAAAGGGUUACUCUGUUUGGGUUGAUGAGGAUCAAGUUUAUGGUAAUUUAGGUAAACGAAUGGCAGAGGGAGUGGCGCGUUCAGAGCUUAUACUUUUAUUGCUAUCAAAAGGUUACGAGGAUUCUAAAAACUGUCAGAAGGAAUAUAAUUUGGUUAGUGCUCAACAUAAGAAAGCCAUUUGUGUAAUAGUUAAGGAAUAUUAUGAGCCUCCACUGGACAGUAUUCUCCGUUUAAUAAUGGGAAACAAUAUGUACUAUCCACUGUACAAUGACACUAAUGACAUAUACUUCCGCAAUCUUCUAAAAGACAUCUCAUUACAGUUAACCAAAGAAGAUGGAGCUGCACAGAACCCACCUUAUUACAAACCCACACCUGAAUGUUCAGUAGUUGAUGAAUUUUCAGAAAUGUGCAUGAUAGCGUACUUAACAGACAAAUGGUUCAUGGAGAAUAAGUAUGCAUAUGACCGCAGACAGAGUUUUGCAUCAGCUUUGGGUUUAAAGGAUGCAAUAGUGAGGAAGGUAUUCCGUGCAAGUUUUCGAACAGAUAAUCCCAUUCUGGAAUGUAUUUGCAUUAAAGCGUUUGAAAAUAAAUGUUCAAAAGAAGAAUUGCUAAGAUCUGUUAACGCAGCUUUUGAGAAAGAGAAAGUGGGUUGCCAGAUUAACAAGCAUGAUAUUGAUAAAGGACCUUUUAUUAUUGAAACCAGCAGCUCAAAUAUUGAUUUAAGCAGUCUAAGUAGGCGUUCCAAAGUUUUCUGCAUAAUUGCUGAAAAGUGUGGUCCUGACAUCAGAUAUGUUCUACAUUUCUUGGUUCCUUAUACGAUAUUGAAAACUUGGUUUUUAAAUAAACCCGGUGAUGUUGUGAACAGAACUGUGACAACUUUAAAACAAUGGAUUUUUAAAACGAAAAAGGAUGAUGCUACUUGGUGGAGAAUUCAAGCAGUGUUGAAAUUUUUAAGAAGAGAAGAUGUAAUUCAAGCCAUAGUUGGCGAGAAAUGAAGAAAAGAUAAUUUGGGAAACAAAAGAAAGCGCAAUGUUAAUCUUUUGGGUUGCAGGUGCUGGUAUAUUACAGAAAUGUUACAGAAAUUUGUAUUUUUUUUAUUAUUAUUAUUUAUAUAUAUUUAUUUUUUACAUAAUAUUACUAGUGUUUCCAUUUUUGAUAUAAAAGCUUAAGCAUUUGGAUAAAUUUGGAAACCAUUUAUUAACCCUAAAAACCCUCCCUAAAGAUAAAUAUUGGGUAUUUUGUAAUUUCUGGUUAAAAAUUAUCAUCUUUAAAAAGCUUGUUUAUCUGGGUUUUUUUAUCUAUCUGUUUUUCUUUCCAAAUUGUAACUUUUCUUCAGUUAGAAAAGUUGUAAUCGCAAAAAAAAGUUUCCGCAAAAUAUCCAUACAGAAUAUCUUGCAAUAAAUACUUUAUAUUUUAUAAGUUAAUUUUGAUGUUAUUUUUACGGGUGCACAUAGUUUGCAGUUUUUAAGAUUUAAUAAUUAAAAGUGUAGGAAUAUGGUGUUUGGUUAAAGAAAAUCUCAAACAUAUAUGUCUGUCUACACAAUAUUUUUUAUUUUUUACAAAGAUUCAUUUUACUAGUUUUUAAUGAUUUUAAUAAUUUUUGAAAAUAAAGGGUAUAUUUUAAGGUAAAUCAAAUUUGCCAUUACUUAACCGGAUUUCCAAAUACUAUGUUUUACCUUGAAGGUAUUAAUUCUCGCUGGUAUUUAAUUUUGCGAUUUG